AAUUUCCUGAUGGCUAUAUAAAUAGAAUUCGCCCCUUUACAGUUCUCAGUUUAAUAUUGACGAAAUGUUUUUCACCUGCUCGUUCGUCGGAAUUUUGUUGGGAGUCCUGCUGAUUAAUGGGUGUAGAGCAGCGCGCAAAUGGGACUACGAACCCAUAUCGAUCAUAUCAGAAACCUCCGAUGACAGCCUUAUAAGUCUCAAAGUCAAGAUCGUUCGCAUUAGCCGCGGAGAAUUCGGAGUAUCAGCUGAAGUUGAGUGGAACUACGAUACGACGGACGAAACCAUGGUUUCGGCUGUCGUCUACCGAAGUUCAUCGGGAGAUGAGAGCGACUACAAGCUGCUUCCUUGGGCACUUCCCAAUCAACCCUUUUACGAUUACCUUAACACCUACUACAAGGAUGUGAUCAUGAAGAAUUUCGCCCCCUGUUCGAAUGUUCCCCAGUUCGAGGACAAGUUCGAACCGCCUUGGCCAAAGAAGACAUAUAAAGCCGAAUCAUGCGUGGUAAAUGGCGAUGGACUACCGGAAGUCGCACCGCCCGGAUUCUAUAAGAUCAUAUUUAAUUGCAGCGGACCAGAGCAGCCAUCAUGGAGCUUGGUUGGGAUUUUUAAACUAACAACCAAAAUUUUUUAAAACAAAUCUAUUUCGAUAUUGCAAAACCUUAUCGUUGUUACUAUGGUUGAUUAAAUCUUAAAGAAAAAGUAAA